AAAUGGAGCAAACUCUAUAUUUCAUUCUUCUUCUCAUUGCUCUCUGCUCCGUAUCUGAAUGUGUUCAGCGUCAGUAUCAUUUUAUAAACGUGAGGAAGACCUGGACUGAAGCUCAGAGAUACUGCAGAGAGAAAUACACAGAUCUGGCCACUGUUGACAACAUGAACGACAUGAUCGAGCUGAAGAAGAGUGUGAAUGAUGAACAUGUCUGGAUUGGGCUGGAGAAGACGGGUGUUGAUAAAUGGCAGUGGUCUUCAGGUGAUCCUGCGCUCUAUCUGAACUGGGCUCCUAAACAACCUGAUGGCACAGAUGAGUGUGGUUUUAUGAGAAAUGGACAAUGGCAUGAUUGGCCAUGCAGUAAAAGCCUGACUUUCAUCUGCAGUUCAUCUAACAACAUGAACACAGGACUCGUCUUUGUCAAUCAGGAGAAGAAUUGGAGAGACGCUCAGAGUUACUGCAGACAGAAUCACAUUGAUCUGGUCAGUGUGAGGAACCAGAAUGAGAGUCAACAGCUUCAGCAGUUCAUCAGUGAUAGUCUCAUAUCUGGUGAUGUCUGGAUCGGUCUGUUCAGAGACUCAUGGCAGUGGUCAGAUCAGAGUAACUCUUCAUUCAGAUACUGGAAGACUGGUCAACCUGAUAAUUAUGGAAGUAAUGAAAACUGUGCAGAGAUUUAUCAGAACGAUCAGGGACAAUGGAAUGACGUCUCUUGCAACAACCAGUUUCCUUUUGUGUGUCAUGAAGAUAAACUGAUUCUGAUCAAAGAGAAUCUGACGUGGUCUGAAGCUCUGAGAUACUGCAGACAGAAUCAUACGGAUCUGGUCUCGGUUCAUUCAGAAGAGAUGCAGCGUGAGGUGAUGAAUGUGGUUAAACAGGCGUCUACUAAGGAGGUGUGGUUGGGUUUACGUCACUCCUGCACUGUGGGCAUCUGGUACUGGGUGAGCAGACAGCCCGUGUGCUAUCAGAACUGGGCUCCAGGGAACGGCAUAGGAGACGACUGUGAGUGUACAGUGAGAUCUGGAGCAGUUCAGUCUGGAGGAGAUCAGCGCUGGAUCAGCCGUCCUGAGACUGACAGACUCAACUUCAUCUGCAGCAGAUAUUAAGAGUGAAGGAUACGUUUGUGCUGUUCUUUUUUUCUUUUUUUUUUUUUUAACUGGCAAACACUUGUAAUGUUUUCAUCAGAUAAUGUGCUUAAAUCAGUACAAUGAAAUUAAUUUCUGUAACUGAAGAGUAUCAUAUGAGUCUUUUUAAUAUCAUUGUAAUGAUCUUUGGGCAUUUAAAAUACCAGUGUGCACUAUAUAUAUUUUAAAGACCCCAUGAAAUCAAAAUGAGUUUUAAUCUGUGGCUUUAAGCUACAUUUACUGUACAUUUCAAUUUUACAGUUGUUCUUUUCUGGAAAAACAACUCAAAAAUAUCUUCAACUCAGACUGUUCAAUCAAACGUACUUGCAGUUAAAUAGAAAGUAGAAAAUCAUGGUUCAAAUAUUUGGCAUAAAGCAUAUUGGAUAUUUAAAAGGAAAAUCAAAGUAAAGCACAAUCCACAUCAGCUGAUUUCAUGGGAUUUUGGGAUUCUGGUGGUGUGGAUACUUUCUUCUGCUCACUCCUGUUUUGCACUAGUCAUAUCUUUACUUGUUUAAAAAGUGAUUGUGAGCAUCUAUAUGUGUCUCAAUGAAAUGAAAAUAUGGUUUAUUCUUAAAGAAAAACUGAAAUAAAUGGAGAGGGACAAAACAUGGAGGAGUGGUUCACUCACUGCAUUGAUAUAUGUAUAUAUAUAUAUAUAUAUAUAUAUAUAUAUAUAUAUAUAGGCCUCCUUGAUUAUAAUAAGAAUUUUCUUGGUGAAUUUUAUGAUUUUGAUUAUGGGUGAUUUUAAUAUCCAUGUCUGUUCUUGUAAACUCAUGACCAAAGAAUAGUUGAACUUAGUUGAUUCUUUUAUCUGAUCUCAGUGUGUCUCUGGACCUACACACGAUCAUGGACACACGCUUGACUUGGUGUUUUCUUUGGGGAUAAUGAUGAAUAUAUUUGUGUUGAAGAAACAGCUAUCUCAGACCACAGGAUUAUUAGGUUUAAUCUGUAACAAAUGUUCUGUUAUCAGCCUCCAUUCUUGUCUCGUGUUAACUAUCUCUACACCUAAUGCGUUCUCAGCUGCUUUCAGUCCUACUGAGUUAUCUCUUCCUAUCGAGUCUACAACGUUGCCCUCUAUAGGACAUGAUGAAUUGGUAAUUUUUUUUAAUAAUGUUUGUUCAGAGAUCUUGGAAAAUGUUGCACCUUUUAAAAUGAGAUAUCAAAUAAAUAAAAAUAAAAAUA